AUGAAUCUAAAAGAUGUUCAGGAUUAUUUCAAAUUGCUAAGCGACACUUUGCUGGAGAAAAAUCUAAUAAACAAACCAUCAAAUAUCUUUAACAUAGAUGAGACGGGGCUCCAGCUCAAUAAUAGACCUGAAUAUGUCGUUGAUGAAAAAGGCUCAAAGAAUGUUACGGCCGUUACAUCCGGGGAAAAGGGUGAAACAAUAUCAGUGAUUGUAUGUUGCAAUGCUGAGGGUAUGUUUAUUCCACCCACCUGUAUUUUUAAGGGUAAAAAUAAAAAGAAUGAGUACGAAGAUGGAAUGCCCGCCGGUUCGGUAGUUGUCAUGUCCGAAAAAUCCGCGUACGUAAACACAACUAUUUUUUUCGAUUGGAUUAAAGCUCAGUUUGUUCCUCGAAAACCUGACGGCCCGGUUGUUCUUAUUUUAGAUGGACACUCGUCCCAUGUCAGUAGUGUCGAAUUGCUGGAAUAUGCUGAACAAAAUAAUAUAACCUUGCUCUGCCUUCAGAGUCAUACGACUCAGUUCUUGCAACCCCUAGACCGUGCAUUGUUUAAGGCUUUUAAAUUAUAUUAUUACGCUGCGUGCUACACUUUUAUUAGAGUUAACCCUACAAGAUCUAUAAAUAGGCUGCAGUUUGGAAAAUUAAUGUGCGAAGCGUGGUCAAAAGCGGCAACUGUCGAUAAUGCCGUAUCUGCCUUUCGAUCCACAGGCAUAUUUCCAUUAAAUCCCGAUAUUAUCCCCGAAUACGCUUACCUUGGCGAAACACCUACCAGCCAUUUAGAAAAAAAUAACAACGAAAUAGCAUCAACAAUAAAUGGAAAUGAAAAUAAUGAUCCUGUACCAACCACUUCAAAUUCUAAUGAAGAAGACAUUAUGGAAACUCCAGCAUUAAGUAAAAUUCAAAAUGAAUCCCGAGAGAAGAAGGAAAGCGACAAUAUUGAAGACAAUGAUAAAGUAAAGCAAAAAACUGGAUCAAGAAAAUCACAACGUAAAAAGGAGAACGAAAAUAUCCCAGGCAUACAGGAAUAUCAAUAUAAUCAACCAGGAAGUGUCACCGAGACAGAUAAUUCUUCAAACCGAUUGCCUACUACACAAGAACUUCAAGACAAAGAUAACAAUAAGAAGAAAAAGAAAAACAAAAAGCCUGUCAGUACCGAAGAACAGCGACGCAAAUGGAGAGAAAAAGAAGCGCCAAAUGUAAAAAAAUUAAAGAAAAUCCCGAACGACACGAAGAAUACAAGCAAAAAAUCAGGGAACAAAACAAAAAGCGCAGAGAUGAAGGAAAACUAA